CCGGGCCACGUGGUGCGCGCGGCGGGCGCGUCCGAGGAGCCUGCGGCUGCUCCGGGCUCAUAGAGCUCCGGGCGAGGAGAGCGGGCGGACGCCGGAGGCUGGGCUGGUGUGGGCGGUGAGGCAGGCGGAGGAGGCGCAGAGACAGCGGGGCGACCCGGGCGCGGCAGCUGGCGGCGUCGGGGCUGCGGCCUCUGCCUUCGCGCGCCCCUCGCGCCGGGUCCCCGCGCCCAGGGCGCACAGUAGAGAGGGACGCGGCGUGGCCGGCCGGCAGCCAUGGAACCAGCCCCAUCUGCAGGCGCGGAGCUGCAGCCCACGCUCCUCGCCAACGCCUCGGACACCUACCCCAGCGCUUUCCCCAGCGCUGGCGCCAAUGCGUCGGGGCCACCGGGCGAGCGGAGUGCCUCGUCCCUCGCCCUGGCAAUCGCCAUCACCGCGCUCUACUCGGCUGUGUGCGCCGUGGGGCUGCUGGGCAACUUGCUCGUCAUGUUUGGCAUCGUCCGGUACACUAAGAUGAAGACAGCCACCAACAUCUACAUCUUCAACCUGGCCUUGGCCGAUGCACUGGCCACCAGCACGCUGCCCUUCCAGAGUGCCAAGUACCUGAUGGAGACGUGGCCCUUCGGCCAGCUGCUCUGCAAGGCUGUGCUCUCCAUUGACUACUACAAUAUGUUCACCAGCAUCUUCACGCUCACCAUGAUGAGUGUCGACCGCUACAUCGCUGUCUGCCACCCUGUCAAGGCCCUGGACUUCCGCACACCUGCCAAGGCCAAGCUCAUCAACAUCUGCAUCUGGGUCCUGGCCUCAGGUGUUGGCGUGCCUAUCAUGGUCAUGGCAGUGACGCGUCCCCGGGACGGGGCGGUGGUGUGCAUGCUCCAGUUCCCCAGCCCCAGCUGGUACUGGGACACGGUGACCAAGAUCUGCGUGUUCCUCUUCGCCUUCGUGGUGCCCAUCCUCAUCAUCACCGUGUGCUACGGCCUCAUGCUGCUGCGCCUGCGCAGCGUGCGCUUGCUGUCGGGCUCCAAGGAGAAGGACCGCAGCCUGCGGCGCAUCACGCGCAUGGUGCUGGUGGUGGUGGGCGCCUUUGUGGUGUGCUGGGCGCCCAUCCACAUCUUCGUCAUCGUCUGGACGCUGGUGGACAUCGACCGGCGCGACCCGCUGGUGGUGGCCGCGCUGCACCUGUGCAUCGCGCUGGGCUACGCCAAUAGCAGCCUCAACCCCGUGCUCUACGCCUUCCUCGACGAGAACUUCAAGCGCUGCUUCCGCCAGCUCUGCCGGAAGCCCUGCGGCCGCCCGGACCCCAGCAGCUUCAGCCGCGCCCGCGAAGCCACGGCCCGUGAGCGGGUCACCGCCUGCACCCCGUCUGAUGGUCCCGGCGGUGGCGCCGCCGCCUGACCAGGCCACCAGCGCGCCCCUCUCUAGUGACCCGGCGGCCACAUGAGUCCCAAUGGGAGGCGCGGGCCACGGUCUGGAAUGGG